AUGAUAGUUAAGGUGGUGCCCGAAUCCACGAUCGUGCCGCCAUAUCCAUUGGCAUUCGGCACGAGGUCUUUGAUCGGAAUGUUGACUUUGACACUACGGACGUGGAUCUCGAGUAGGUUGAGGGUGAGAGGAUAUGUUUGGGUUCUGGGCAAAGGGAGUGUGGCUCAUCACAUUCACAUGCCCUCCAUCCCCCCAUUGGAGGUCGGGUGGUUCCAACAGGACGUGCAGAGUGGAUCAUCGGGAAAGAUCCGUUUCAGUUGGGGGGUGCUGCAGCUGACGUUUCUCGAGGACGAUGAUAAUUUUGGGUUGAAGGUGGGGAUGUUGGUGGCAUCGCAAUCGGUGCACUUGUCGCACGGGAACCACACGAGGUUACUUCCGGUGUCCAGUAUGAAGUCCAGGGGUUGCUGCGGUGUUCCGAAUCCGAGGGUGGUGGAGUAUUCGUUAUCAUUGGCGAAGAGGGGCGUACUGGCGGAGGUGGAACAUUUUAAGUGUCGGGCCCUUUGA